AUGGCUGAAUUCACAUAUAACUCUAUGGUGAACCGCUCCACUGAUAAGACCCUCUUUAGCAUUGUUUAUACUAAACUCCCCAACCUUGCAUUGGAUGUAGCUAUUCUUCCCAAAUGCAAAUCUAGAGCUGCUACACACUUUACAAAUCAAUAUUCCAAAAUGAUGGUUGAUGUUCACCAACAGUUAACAAAAGAAAAUCUGAAGUACAAAUCCUCCGCCGAUCUUCACCGUCGACAGAGUUUGUUCAAUGUAGGCGAACUGGUCAUGGUGCGCCUUCGCCGGGAAAGGUUUCCCCCUAGCACUUAUUCUAAACUGAGUCGCCGCAAAAUUGGUCCAGUUCCCAUUGUUUCCAAAAUCAACGACAAUGCCUACACCGUUGAGCUAUCACCCGGCUACAUCACAUCCCCCACCUUCAAUAUUUCUGACUUGUGGCAAUAUCACCCACCCGAUGAUUUCGCAAUCAUCAUAAGCUCGUCAGAGUUGAGCUCUUCCGAAGCCGGGGAGGACUGA